AUGGUGAGCUCAAAGUUCGCGAUCCUGAUGUGCGCGGAGGAUUCAGACUACAUAAAGCGAGCUCACGGCGGUUAUUACGGCGUUUACCUGCGCAUGCUGAAGGAAGACGGUGAGACCUGGGAUGUGUACCACGUCGCAGGCGGAACUUUUCCGGCAGACGAUGUGGUUGGAGACUACGACGGCUUCAUCAUCACCGGAAGCUGCAACGACGCCCACGGUGAUGACACGUGGAUCCUCACCCUCCUGUCUCUCCUUCACAAGCUGCUCGCCAUGGAAAAGAAGAUUCUCGGCAUUUGCUUUGCUCUAGGGGGACGGGUCGAGCGGUCCAAGACGGGAUGGGAUAUCGGGAUCACUAAAGUUAAUCUGAAGAACUCGCGUUUUCCGGCUCGUUUGGAAAUGCCGUCUUCUCUUUCCAUCAUCGAGUGCCACCGGGACGAGGUACGGGAGCUUCCUCGGGAGGUGGAAGUGUUAGCAUGGUCGGAGAAGACGGGAGUGGAGAUGUUAGUGUACGGGGAGCAUGUUGUGGGUAUCCAAGGCCACCCAGAGUACACUAAGGACAUCCUUUUGCACUUGAUCGACCGUCUUAUCACACGCAACAUCAUUCAGGAAUCACUUGGGAAGGAGGUAAAGUCUAAGUUGGGAGAGUUAUUUGAGGCUGAUACCCAAGCAUGGAAGAAACUCUGCAUGAGCUUUCUCAAAGGGAGAUUGUCAUGA